UUACACUUAAUUAUCGCAAACAAAUAAAAAUAUACCUUCCUAUAUAGGUAUACACUUACAAUAAAUGUAGCCAGUCUGGAGGACUGGAGUGACGCUGUGACGGCAGUGAUUCAUUUUCUAUAGACUCGUGUACGCGAACAAAUUAUAAUAACAGGCUGUCGAGCACUUGUGUGGAUAUAAACAUGUCUCGUUUUUCCGAUUUGGCAAACGAGAUUAGAAAUGUGGUAUCCGACGCUAUCCCGGAUCCUCCACGAAUCGCGCCCACAAUAAGCAUCGACGCCAAUAACGAUCUCGAUCGGAAAAUCCCACGUUCCAAGAACUCGCAAGACGAUCGACCGAGUGAUAACAAUAGCAAUGAUGCUUCGACGACGACGAACACUGUCAAUCCCGACGACGACGAUAACGACGAGGAUUCCACCGCCAGUAAGAAAACAAACAGCCCAAAAGUCAGUACAAACAAGCCAAAGAGAGCGUCAAAGCAGAAAAAAACUGCCAAUCCCAGUAUUAGUUACAACAUCGUCAAUUCCCAGGAUAUUUCUAUCGGGCCUAAGAUUAAGUACGUGUACAACCUCAACAACAACAACAUACACAACGUGAAGGGCUCGUCCGUGAAUAAUGAUAAAUUUGAGGCAGAAACGAGCGAGCCCAAAGUGGUGAGGGACAUGUUGCCUCACAUCAAAACUUUGAGCACCAGUCAAUUGGAAAUAACAAAGGAGGACAUGCUCCAAGUGAAAACUCACAUGGGCCUGGGUUGGAAGCAAGUGGCCAAGUGUAUUGGUUACUCCAAGGGCCAGAUUGAACAGUUUUCGGACAAUUACAAGCGCAUCGACGAAACGGUGUAUCAAUUGUUGCUGGAUUGGAAACAGUCGUGCCCUAAAAGUGCAACUGUCGGUCGUUUAAUCACUGCCAUGUGGUCGUCGGAGGAGUACGAUUGUGCCGAGAUAUUGGCAGCUGCCCAUGUCAAUACUCAUCAUCAUGAUAAAUGUUGAAAUUCCUGUAUAUAUAAGUGAGAUUAUAUGUAAUGUUUCAUGCGCGAACGCAUAAUAUAUUGGCAGUCGAAAUCGCACUAUGGUGAUAAAAUAUAAAUUAAUUUUUAGAAUAUGUAUAUAAGGUACUUGCACACAUAAUAUUCAUAUAACACAUGAAUAAAAACAGUUUGGUUGUAACAUAUUUUUAAUGUGUAUUUUAUAUAAAUAUAUCGAUUUUAACACACAAUAUAUAUA